AUGGCAUCAUGGGCUUAUUAUAUACUUUAUUCAAGUACAAAUCCUACUGGUUAUGGAAAUUGGCAAUGGUCUCGAGAAUUACAUUAUAUAACAACACGUUAUUUUAUGAAUGAAAUAUUUCAAACAAAUCUUCAUGCUCUAUGGGAUGUUGACUUAAUGAUGGUGCGUCUUGAACGAGAUUUUCAACAGGAUACUUCUCGUUAUUAUGAUUAUAUUUAUCAAUUAAUGCUGAAUCAAUCAUCUUGUAAUAAUGAUGAUGACAAUAAUAUUAAACAAUUGUUAAUUUUUUAUUUGGGAGAAAUUUAUUAUCAAAAAUAUAUACCAAUUAUUGAACAACGUCUUGCUCGUGCUGGUCGUCGACUUAGUACACUUCUCAAUCAAUUAGCACCAAAAUCAUCCGCAAAAAAACAUCGGAUAAUAAAGCAAAACUUUGUUCUCAUAUAA